UUAAUGUGUAGAUGUUUAUUUUACCUCAUAAAGUAUAUCUGUGAUUUAUAGUAAAAAAAAUAUAUUAAAAAUAAAAAAUGUUAAUUAACAACAGCAACAAAAAAUGUGUCGGGACUAUUUGAAGUAGGUGGAAGAACACUAGGGUGUCAAAAGGCGGUGAUGUGCCGUUUCCAUGGAGACGCGUCUCUUGGCCAGGGACAGAGUGAAAGUUAUAAACACCCGCCCGAAACUCUGUAAUACAAACUGCAGACUGGGAGAAACUAGGCGAUCACAAUUAAGUCAGCAACUAUGAAGAACCGUGGAAUCGCACAGAAUAGUCCAAAUAAAAAUGUUAAAAUCGAUAUAAACAAAAAGGGCGGUGAAAUGGCAGUUUCUAGUAAGGACGGACGCGAGGAGCAAGCGGUUCGGUUGGGAGAUAAGGACCGAGUAAUCAGAGAACCACUGAAGGACUCUUCUGGGCUUCUGACUUCGUCCGGCACGGAAAAAAAGACAAAGAAGAAAAAAAAGAAGGAAAAAACAAAAGAGAAAAAGAAAAAACAGGGCGGCUCCUGUAAGAAGCGAGUCCACUCCAGCACGCCUCCGACACCAGAAGACGCAGAUAAGCAGCAUCAGGACCCAGGCGUCAAGCUCUUCCCCACCCACCUCGCGCCGUCAUCGGAGUCGCUGGACGGAGAGCUGGCCAAGGUCAAGCUUCAAGGCAGGACCCCUGCAGAGGCAGCCCGAACCAAGAGCAAGCCCAGGAAGCGCAAGGAGGCGGCAGCAGCAGUGCUGUCCAAUCCAAAGCCUGCGUCGUCAGACAACGAGGCGGACCUGACCAACAAGAGGAACGAGAGCCUGAGGUGGGAAGGCACGCUGGAGGACCCCAGCGCCGAGGAAAACAGGAUCCGAAUCUACAAAAUGAACAGGAGGAGGCGCUACCUGAAUGCUCUCCAGGGCCUGCACGGGGAGCUGGGGCCGGCAGGCACCACUCAGGAGGGCCACCAAUCGAAUUGCUUUGGGAGAGGGUGCACAGCUUCUUCCCAGGACCCCCGAGCUCGACUCCAAUCAGAGCUCUCUCAUCAUGACAGGAUUCUCUCGGGGAAAGAGAUCAAUCGCUUUAUACAGGAUGGAGCGCAAGACUAGAACACAAAAUAACAGCAAGCUGGCAUGAACUGAGAACUGUUUGGAUGUAGACGGGUGUCAAUGCGCCAGUGCUUGAGGACAUGGGGUGCCUGGGGUGAGUUUAGCACAUUCAUUCAACCUGCCUUUAGGCCAUAGAGUUUGCACUGUUCACGUAGACAACAGAUUUCAAAUGUCCCCAUUGAAAGUAGUGUAAAAACGAUGACCUUGGCACCCAGUGUUGUGUGUCUUUUGCCUCACUUUGUUUACAUACCAGGAUGUUCUGUCAAUGUGCCUGGCCAUACCUUUUUGGAAGCUGUUGACCAAAAAGUUUAUCAUGCAACCAACACUUUCUCAAGCUAUGCAAAGCCACAGUGAUCUUGGUUCAACACUUGUGUGUUUGGGGUAACAAAGGGGAUAAUAUUUAUUUUAAACAUGAAGCUCAGCUUUGUAACAGUAGGGAUAAAUACCUUUCCCUUAUGAUAUGAUACGUCUUAUCAUCUUUUAUCAGGAAUUACUCAGAAUCUGCCCCACAUUUAACCCAGGACACCCUGGCUAUACUGUUUCAAAAGCCCUGCAAUUAAAGCGGUAGUUUUCAAACUGUCCACCAGAGGGCUUUCAAACAUCACAAUUCUCUGACAAUAGGGCUAUAUUUGUAUUUUGUAUUUUAUAUGUGAUUUUGUUUAAUUUGUGUAUUUUGUCUUUGUUACAACGCAAGAGAUGGAUAUUAGUGCCAUAUUUAAAUACAUUAAAAAAAAUCUAAUUUAAUAAAAUGUUGAUUGUAUAACUAGAUAAAUAAAAAGGGAUUGAGAACGCAGGGCAAUAUUCAAGAUUCAGGUAUUGCCCUGUUUAAGAUCACACCAGAACAAAUCAUUACUGCAGCCUUAUUCUUAGUUUACAAGUAAUCGACUGAUAAGAACACAAAAGAUGAAGUGCUUGUAUUCAUUUAAUCUUCAUGUGCAUGUAUUACUGAUAACAGAGAUUACUUACAUUUAAAAUCCAACAUAAGGAACAGAAAGAAAACAAAAAAAUGGACAAUAUAUCAAUAUUCAUUUUAACAUCAAGGGCUAUUGAAUAUUUAGAACAAAUAUAAAAAGCAUUGGUCAGAGCAUGAGAAGCUUCUCAAAUGAUCACACCUUCUUAGUCUUGAAAAUAGGAAGGUGUUAAUUGGGUAU